GCCACUCUUCAUAUAAGCUUCGUUUCCACCAAUGCCCUGCCACUCUCCUUGCCCGAGUCCUUCAAUUAACUUCUCCUUUUGGCUCAGAUGCUACGGAGUCUGAAGGAGAGGUUUCAAGGUAUGUCGCACCUGAAGGAAAUAUGUAGCGAGGUAUUCGCACAAUAUGCUUCUCAAGAUCUUUUGCCAUUGGGAAAUCUUCAAGUUGCAGUAUUACGUGUUUAUAAUUCUCUGAACAAGAAUAUGCUUGGCCCUCACAAGGAGCCUCCAUCCAAAUCAGCUAUCGAAGAGAAAACAAAGAAACUGAACGAUAAGGGAGGGAUUAGAGAGGAUGAAUUCUACAAUUUAAUGGAAGAAUGGACUAAAAAGGAUUUGCGCAUUUAUAUGGCACACAAAUUGGUUCUUUCUUUGAUGGCAGCACCUUCACUAACUCUGGCUACAAAGCGAGUGCCCAAGAUUGGACAUGUUUUCGAGAAGACUCCAACUCCUAUUCUCUUCUCGGUCUACUCCAUUGGCCUUCUACUUUCUCAACGCUGAAGAUCCAUGAAUGUUAUGUCAUCUAAAUAAAUAUACUUAUUGACGUAAGCUACAUGUCUAUAGUAAAAAAAAAACAAAAACAAAAAUAAACAUGUGAAAGUCUGAGAUAAUGUACUUGUGAUGCAAGAGUAUUGUUGAUGCAAUGCAAAAACCUGUUGCAACAAA